CCAUUUUGUCCAACUUCCAAACAGACUACAAGUGCAUACCAGCCGUUGAUAUCUGCGUGACAGUAGGAUGGUACCAAGGAAUCGUAUGUGUACCAACACCGAUUGCACCAACCCCAUCAUCUGUACGGUGUAUGAAUGUGUCUACUGAACGAACCAGGACUACUCUAUCUCCUUUCGAAGUAAUAGGUGCAUUGGGUAGUAGGUUGGAUGAACUCGCCCAUAUCACAACGGAAAUAGAUGAAGAUUUCGAAAUGGGUCUUAAGAAUCUCGCCGGGCUGUACCUGUACGCUCAGCUUAACAACUUAGAACUUCACCCCGAGCACAUAUUGAGCCGGCAAAGACAGGUUACACUCUUAUUCCUAUAUGAGAUGAAUUUACUCUCCAUUGAAGACAACGCCUUCAGCGGAUUUCCACGCAUUAUAACACUAAUCUUAGGGGUCAACAAGAUUCAGGAGAUCAGAAAUACUGCUUUUACAGGUUUGCAGCAACUACAGUAUCUGAAUCUUCGAUUUAACGAGAUAUCUUCGAUUGAAAGUGGUACGUUCGCACAUCUCAGAAAUCUUUUCUUCUUGGAACUGAAUGAUAACUCUCUCUCCUACCUGCAGCCGGGUGUAUUUUCUGGAUUGGUAAACCUUCGAGCUCUGGCUCUCUUCAACAAUGAAAUCCGAGGGAUUGAUAAAGGAGUUUUCGACGACCUGGAGGAAUUGCAAUUCUUGUAUCUCCAGUCAAAUAACAUUAGCGACAUCCAAAUCGGAGCAUUUUCUGAUCUAGGAAACCUAAGAAUCUUGAAUUUGGCAUCGAAUUCCAUCAGCCUUCUGAAAAGGGGAGUAUUCACAGGACUGCGAUCUCUCCAGUAUCUAUUCUUAACUAACAACAACAUCUAUGUUAUCGAAGGACACGCCUUUAAAUCUCUGUCGGAACUCCAGUAUUUGUUUUUCCUCGGUACUGAAUUGGGAGCUGUAGAUCCUAAUGCACUAACUGGACUUAAAUCAUUGGAGAAAAUGUCUACCUCUGACAAUCGCCUGUGUUGCCUUCUAGCGGAAAACACCACUUGUGCGAGGACAUCCCCGACCAGUCCCUUGGACACCUGUAGCGGGUUAUAUCCAAACUUGGCCUUGAGAAUUGCAGGAUGGGUCAUGGGUUUAUUUGCUAUAGCUGGCAACGGCGCUGUUCUCUUUAUUCGGCUUCGGGAUAGAAACAAAGUACCGAAUAAAGUCCAGAACACUAUGAUUAUUAGCUUAGCCGUUGCUGACAUCCUAAUGGGGAUUUACAUGAUAAUCAUCACUUCUGCCGAUCUGAAGUUUGGAAAUGAAUUCUACCUGAGGGCCCCUCAGUGGCGAGAAUCCCACGUGUGUCGGGUUGCUGGUUUUCUAGGGUUUCUAUCUAGUGAGGCAUCGGUCCUAACGCUGACGUUGAUAACCAUAGAUAGGUUCAUGAGCAUCAUGUUUCCAUUUAAGCCAGAGCUGAAGAUUCGGCAUAAGGGGUCUAUGAUUCUAGUUGCUGCAAUCUGGUCGUUCACUGUAUUGUUGAGCUUUGGACUGGUUAUUGUUACAUCAUACAGACCUGACGUGUACGGACUUUCCGAUGUUUGUCUUGGUCUGCCGCUGCACGUGGAGGCGAAGGAUACUGGAGUAUUAGAAAUCAUUGGAGAAUUUUUCUUCGAAUAUCGCGUGGAUUACAGGAUAGACGAAAGCAGGUCCAGGCCUCCGUGGUUGUUUUCCAUCAUCAUAUUCAUAGGUUUUAAUCUUGUUUCCUUCACUUUUAUAUUGAUCUGUUAUAUCAUGAUAUUCGUCAAAUCUACUAGAGCUUCAAAGAAUGUUCGCAACAGCAAAUCCAUGAACCAAGAAACUAAAUUAGCUGUUCGUAUGGCGAUGAUCGUUGCUACAGACCUCGCGUGUUGGAUGCCAGUCAUCAUCAUGGGUAUCCUUUCUCAGACCGGUGCAGUCACCCUCGAUCCUUCGCUCUAUGCUUGGACAGUGAUUCUCAUUGUCCCUAUCAAUUCCUCAAUCAAUCCCUUCCUAUAUACCUUCAUCAUGUACAUCGAAGGCAUGAAGGCGAUAACGAAAUCAAGGAUGAAAGAUGACAAAAUCAAUUUAGAAGAAGUAAAAAACGACCACAUAUGUGAAACAUCCCUAUGUAAUCAGAAGUAAUAACUAAAUGCCUAACACUUAGCCUUUAGGACGUGCAAUAACCGAAUUCCGCCCGAAUCGAACUUUUGUCAACUACUUACUGCUAGUGGGAUAUGAUUUAAGUGCUCUGUGGAAGGAAUUACUAGUUUUAACCCGUACUAAUUUUUGUCUGGUUACCAGUUUCUUAUCUAUAUCCUUGUACAGUACGUCUUAUUUGUUUGUCCUCAUUAUUUAAAAAAUGAAGUAGGUUUUGCUUUGUAUUAUUCGUAAAGAAUGGGCCUCUAGUUGGUCCAAAAAAAUGCUUAAUCAAAGAGAACAAUUCCCCUAGAAAGGGGCGGCGUCAGGAUGUUUCGAUGGGAGGGGGAGGUCUAGGGGCAAUUUAAAAUAAAUAGUGCGGUAUAUUCCAUUUUCAAUUAAAGAACCGGGCCGGGCUAGAAGUCAUACGACGAAGAAGACACCAUAUGACCCCCUCCCCUUUUUUUCUUUAUUAAUAGAGAAUCUGUAGGAAGCUCUGUUUAUAAUAAAAACGGGUUUUUUUUAUCAGAAACAGUGCAAUGGUCGUAGAAAUUUACUUAGUCAAUGUUAUCGAACCCUAACUAAUUUUGCAAAUUGUAUUCGCCGUAUGGCAUGAAAUUUGUUACAAAUUGUCGAUGUGUUUUAGUACAUUCCUUUGUUUAAAUUUGCUCGUCUGCGUCCGUGUGGGUGAGGGUGUGUGUGGGUUAUCAUGGUAAAGCUAGAGUCUUUUCGUAGAUUUGACAAAACUCAUUUUCCAUUCCACACUCGUAUUACCUGUUGAAAACAAAUAUAACAUGCUUUACUUCUGAUGUAUAGUCUCGUUACAGUCUACUGAAACCACAAACAAAGAUCACAAUGCUUGAUAUGUCGCCGUUAGGUAAAGUCCCUCUUUUUGCAAUUCACUAUGUACUUUAUCAUGCUUUUUUGCACCAUGAAUGUAAUAUCCAGCCCAAUUGGACAUAGUUAAAGGACAAGUCCACCCCAACAAAAAAUUGAUUUGAAUAAAAAGAGAAAAAUCCAACAAGAACAGCACUGAAAAUUUCAUCAAAAUCGGAUGUAAAAUAAGAAAGUUAUGACAUUUUAAAGUUUCGCUUAAUUUCACAAAAUAGUUAUAUGCACAUCCUGGUUGGUAUGCAAAUGAGGAGAGUGAUGACGUCAUCCACUCACUAUUUCUUUUGUAUUUUAUUAUAUGAAAAAUGAAAUAUUCUAAUUAUCUCCUCAUUGUCAAGUGAAACAGUAAUUAAUUCCUCCCUGAACAUGUGGAAUUAGCAUUGUUUAACACUAUAUGAUUCAGUAAAGUCGGUCCCUAUGGUCAAAUCUGUAAAAAAUUAAAUAUUGUAUAAUUCAAACAAUAAAAAACAAAAGAAAUAGUGAGUGAUGGACAUCAUCGAUUGACUCAUUUGCAUGUCACUGAGUUGUGCAUAUCACUGUUUUGUGAAAAAUAAGCGAAACCUAAAAAUGCCAUAACUUUCUUAUUUUACAUCCGAUUUAGAUGAAAUUUUCAGUGUUAUGCUAGUUUGAUUUUUCUCUAUUUACUCAAAUCAACAUUUUGCUGGGGUGGACUUGACCUUUAAGUAUUUUGAACAAUAUGGGCUUGUGAUGCAACAGUGAUCUUCAUUGGUCGUUGGCACUUUAAAUUGAAAACCUCGGUAUCUCAGUCCCACGCACAAAGAAUAGCUGGGGGCAAUCCCACAAACUAACCAGAUAAAGCGCAAAAUAAUAAAUACGCGAAGUGGGAACUAGACCAUGAGGUUAAAGUAAAUUGCAUAUUAGGCGAGUACUAGUCGAAGUGAUGAUUAGACCAUUUGAUAAUUGGACCAAAUCUAAAGUAGAUCAUGUGAGUAUAUACGGUUUUAGUCGAAUUUGAAUAUUAGACGAUCUGCUAUUAUAUGAACAACCCUUUAUUGCAAUUACAAAACUAUGCGAAUUAUCAAUUAAAAAAACAAUGUUUUAAUACUUUGAAUAACGAAGGUUUAAUUCCGUGUACUGGUGUUUGAUAAGGUGUUUAUAGAGAUUAUGUAAAAAACGCAAAACCUAAAUAUCAAACUAAUGAAAAGAAAUAGCGCUAAGAGGGACCUAAGUUUGUUUGUUGUUUUCGCUUUGGUUAUUUUGUCAUUUCAUUUUUAUCUUAUUCACUGCAUUGAUUUAUUUAAUUGGUUGUGCAUUUGAGCGGUUAACUGGCAUUCUGGUUUGAUAAUUAUAUAAUCGAUUUUUUUGUCCGUUCACUGCUGUUAAGUAAUGUAUAUUAAAUAAGGAUGUUCGUUGAAUAAA